GAAGCAGAGAUCGUGGUACUCGUUCACUUGAGUAGCGACUUUUGCUUCGUUUGGACGGUGAAUCGCGUUCUUGCCGCAGUCCGGCUUCGUGGAAUUCCUUCUAAUUCCACAAUUAAAGAGUCCGAGUCCCGAGGUAAGAAUUACCAGUGUUGCGUGAUCGCGAGUGAUCAGUGUUCUUGUGCAUAAUUCUGUGUCACUGUGCAUUUGGGAUUUACUGGUGGAAGCAGUUGGAUUGAAAGAAAAUAGCACAAUGUCUAAUGGGAAAACUGUCUUGGUGACUGGCGGAGCCGGUUACAUAGGAUCCCACUGUGUUGUAAGCCUCCAAGAGGCUGGCUACGAAGUCAUAGCCCUGGACAACUUCACCAACGCCGUGAAUAAUUUCAAGAAUGAAUCAGUGGCACUUCAGCGUGUGGCACAAAUCACAGGCAAACCCAUUGCCUUCCACAAAUGCGAUCUUCUGGACUUGGAAGCCCUCGAUCAGAUCUUUCAGAUGUACAAAAUCGAUUCGGUCAUCCACUUUGCAGCCAUGAAGGCCGUUGGGGAAUCAAUGCAGCAACCUCUUCUCUAUUACAAGAACAACCUCAUUGGCAUGAUCCAUUUGCUGGAGAUCAUGAAGAAGUACAAAGUCUUCAAUUUGGUCUUCUCCAGCUCAUGCACCGUCUACGGCGAACCAAAAGAGUUGCCAAUCACAGAGGAAAAGGAAACCGGAAAAGUGACCAAUGUCUAUGGACGGACAAAGUUUUUCAUCGAGGAAAUGCUGAGGGAUAUCUCAGUAGCCGAAGAAGAAUGGAAUAUCAUUGCUCUGAGGUACUUUAAUCCCGUAGGAGCUCACAAAUCGGGCCUCAUUGGAGAGGAUCCCACCAAACAAUUCACCAAUCUCAUGCCCUACAUCAGCCAAGUGGCCAGCGGCAAGAAGGAGUGUCUCACAAUCUUUGGCGAUGAUUACGACACUCCCGAUGGAACUGGAAUUCGCGACUACAUUCACGUGAUGGACUUGAGUGCGGGACACGUAAAAGCACUGGAGAAGCUCGAGAAGCAGCAUCUUCGUCUCAAGAUGUACAAUUUGGGAACCGGAAAGGGAGUUUCUGUUCUUGAGCUUCUCAAGACAUUCGAAAGGGUCAAUAAUGUCAAAGUUCCGUACGUGGUUCAGGCUCGACGAGAAGGAGAUAUUUCCUCCAUGUACGCAGAUCCCACUCUAGCCGAGAGCGAAUUGGGCUGGAAGGCAGAGUAUUCACUGGAGGAGAUGUGUACUGAUUUCUGGAGGUGGCAAACAAUGAAUCCCAAUGGCUACAAGACCGGCGUUGUAAAUGGUCACUGAACCUUCUAACUCAGGAUUUUUUUUCUCAAUAAAUAUCGAGUCUAUUGAAUAAACUUA